ACUUCAAUAUGUCAUGUUACCAUGCCAAUAUUUCUGUCUCAGGCCUGCUGCAGUGCUACAGUGAAACUCAACGCAAUCUGGAGACACUGCCUAGGUACCCUAGCCCUUGCUCCAGGACGACCAUUACGGUUAAGAUCGAACUUACCCUGUUACAUGGACCGUCAUCAUUGGUAUUAACGCUGAAGAAGGGACUAUUUACCAAUGUGAUCCUGAGCAACCAGAGACUAUGUAGCGUUUAUGCCGAAAAGGUAUCGUUGUGUGCGAAGAGACUGAUUCCUUCGAUGCAUGGAACGAAUGACUGUCGCAAUGGCCAACUGCAUCAAGAAGAUUGGAUAGUUCAUUUGCAGGACGAGUCUCAAAGGUCUUUACCCUGGCAAGGUGUCUUAUGCCAGUUUGAUUUCAGCUGUAUUAUGGGCGGCCCUGGUAAGCCUUGCCCCUACCUAAAGAGGUCUGAAUCUGCACGCCGCAAAAGGGAGAAGAGGGAAAUACCGCCUUUCACUAACAAAUUGUUUCUUCAAGCUCACAAUAAAAUGUUCGGCCGGGAUGAGGUGGUCUGCUAUGCCGUCAUGUCUGCCAAGGACUCCUUGACCCCUUGCCCCCUUGCGCGACCCAGUGACGGAGUGUGAAAAUCUUCUGAAGGGGCACCACCGCGUAACGUCUCCUUUUGAAUAUUAUCUUGCCCCCUCCGCCACCUGUCUGCGUAACCCUUUCAAUAGGUCUGGAAUAUCCUACCCAAAUUGCGAUAAUGGUACUGGAUGGGGAUGUGCCAAGGUAUUGGUCACUGAACACAUCAUGUGCGCCUUAGUUAAAUGCGUAAAUUGCUCCUGCUCCAUGACAGGAUCCCAUGUCACGUGCACCUGCCAGCAGGAGAAGUGCGUCUCUGCUGGUAAGGGUGUCACGAUCCUUUGUGCCACUGGCAACAGCACCCAACUAGAAAUUAAAACAGCCAACAAGACCAACUACUUUGCAUUCUGGAACUGCACCAACUAGAAUGCUGGUCCUUUCGACGAUGUAGCUGGGGAAGAUAAUCCACCAGUUUGUAUGGGGCUCAGUAGUAACGGGAAGGAUAUGAAAUAUUGCUCUGGCGUUAUCUACACCAAACCUGGAUAUUACUUUUUUAGCCGAGGCAAGGCCACAAAUUUUCUAGUCUAAAAUGAGACAGACACCCCUCGUGCCGAGGCAGUAGGGACACUCUUCCCGACCACUGCCCCCUGUCCCUCUACUUGGGAAUGGGGCUGGGGUCCCCUUACCAAGCACGCAAUCUCCCCUGAAUUUUGCGCAAAGUGGCAGGGGCCCAAAACUUUAGGUGGCAGUAAAGGUGAUACCUUGGGCUACGCAUUCCUGAGUGUGCUUUCCCUGGGCGGGGCUGCAGGGAUCAUCAGCCACCAAGACCGGAAUUACCUUAUCUGUGGCCUCACCGUCCUGGGCAAUGAGACAGCCUUGGCCUUGGAAGGGGUUAAGAGCGUGCUCUCGGAACGGCGCCUGUUCUCCCAGCAAAACUGCUCUGCCCUUGAUUACCUACUCGCCAAAGAGGGCGGGGUUUGCACUGUAGUAAAAGGCAAAUGCAUGAUGGGUGUUGUUGACCUCACUGAGAACAUUACCAAACAUGUGGAUAACUUUUGUCAACAAAAUGACAGAGGGCACAUGGGUGGGGAGAUUGGAGUUUUUGCUCAUGGUACCACUGGUUGCUCAAUCUAGCAAUGUAUCUUGGUAUCAUUUUAAUUUGUCUUUUUGUUGGUAUUACUAUUGUUAAAUGUAUUAUUGCUAGACUAAUGAAUUCUGUUUGUGAUAUUGGUUCCCCUCAGAAAAUGCUCCUCCUCCAUCCUGGUGGUGCCCCCCACUGAGGGUGUGAAAGACCAGUUGUCCACCCCUGCCGCCUCCUCUGAGGCGGACAAGUUGGCAGGCCCUGGCCUCCAUCCGCUUGGACUGAUCAAAUCUGUGCUCUCCUGCCCUAUGGUGUGGUCAUGUGGUCAAAGUGGGGAGAUGAGAGUCUGAAACUUGGAUACAGGCACAAGAUGACUUCUCAAUGCAAGUUAGCACAACAAAAUGGCUUCUAGGCUGCAAACUUUAUUAAUUCUGCUAGAGAAACAUAAAUC